CCAUCAAAGACCUAGGGUUUCUAUCUCUCUUCGGCUUCACACUCCUCUCUUUCUCAACUCAUAUCUCUCGAUUCCUGCAAUCAUGGCCGAGAGAGGUGGUGGUGGUGAACGUGGUGGUUUUGGACGUGGUUUCGGCCGUGGUGGCCGCGGAGAUCGUGGGAGAGGUGGAAGGCGCCGCUCUGCCGGACGCCGAGAGGAGGAGGAGAAGUGGGUUCCCGUUACCAAACUCGGUCGCCUGGUGAAGGACGGUAAGAUCCGAACUGUUGAGGAGAUCUACCUCCAUUCUCUUCCAAUCAAAGAGCACCAAAUCAUCGACACUCUUGUCGGCCCAAGCCUCAAGGACGAGGUCAUGAAGAUCAUGCCGGUUCAGAAGCAGACCCGGGCUGGUCAGAGGACCCGGUUCAAGGCAUUUGUUGUCGUCGGCGAUGGAAACGGCCACGUGGGUCUCGGAGUCAAGUGCAGCAAAGAGGUGGCCACUGCGAUUCGUGGUGCGAUCAUUUUGGCCAAGCUGUCGGUGAUCCCUGUAAGGAGAGGGUACUGGGGGAACAAGAUUGGAAAGCCUCAUACUGUGCCGUGCAAGGUUACCGGGAAGUGUGGUUCGGUUACGGUGCGGAUGGUGCCGGCUCCUCGUGGUGCUGGUAUUGUGGCCGCUAGGGUUCCAAAAAAGGUUUUGCAGUUUGCUGGAAUCGAGGACGUGUUCACUUCUUCCAGGGGUUCAACCAAAACCCUCGGAAAUUUCGUCAAGGCUACCUUCGAUUGUCUGCAGAAGACUUAUGCGUACCUCACACCUGACUUCUGGAGGGAGACUCGGUACACAAAAUCUCCAUUCCAAGAGCACACAGAUCUUUUGGCAAAGCCCACCAAGGCGAUUUAUCAGGAUGAUGUUGAAAGGGUUGAGGCUUGAGGAUCUGUUAAGAGGAUUUAAAAUGUUUUGGUAGGACCUUAUGAUAUAGGGGUAAUUGGUCUUGAAUGUCAUCCAUUUUUGUUUUCCGUACUGCGUUGCUUGUUUCUGGAUAUGUUUAGACUGCAUUUUUUAAGUUUUAAAGCUGAACCAGUUUUAUGAUGUUAUUUGUUUUAUAAAAGCCUUUCCUAUAUGAAUAUAUGGGAGGAUGUUGGGUCAUUGUGUUCCUAGGUACCACGGAAA